UUCCUCCAGCAAGCCACGGCGCCUUCUGCUUCCGGCGCUGCCCCGGCCGCGGGAGCUCAGGCCGCAGACUCGGGGCGGCGUUGGAGCCCAUCCGUCCGCCGCUUCUCUAGCAAGCGGAGCCAGGAGGCACCAAUGGAAACCGAAGCACAGAGGGGCCCGGGAAAGCUCCCCUGGGCCCCCCAGCUUUCUGCCCGCAGAGGGCGACAUCUCGCGAGACGACGGGUCCGCGGAGGGCACAAACUCCCUCCGCCUCAGCGCCGAGGCUGUGCGGUCGCGCUGGAUGCCGGGAUGCGGAAGUGACUUUGAGGCUUUGCUACUCAAGCCAAGUCCGCCGUCCGCCGCGAUGGAAGGGCAGCGGAGGCAGGCAGGCCACGCCACCGUGGUACUCGCCCAGGCUCACUUCGAGAAGGGCGAGUACGCGGAGGCCGAGGCGCUGUACUCCGCUUACAUUGGCCAGUGCGCCUGUGCGGCCGCCGGCGGCGCGAGUCUCGGGAGCAAAUGCAGCCCUGAGGAUUUGGCUACUGCAUAUAACAACAGGGGGCAGAUUAAGUACCUGAGGGUUGAUUUUUACGAAGCCAUGGAUGACUACACGCGCGCCAUAGAGGUCCGCCCCAGUUUUGAAGUCCCCUAUUACAACCGCGGGCUCAUCCUGUAUCGGCUGGGAUAUUUUGAUGAUGCCUUGGAAGAUUUCAAGAAGGUAUUAGACUUAAAUCCUGGAUUUCACGACGCCACUCUGAGCUUAAAGCAGACUCUCCUAGACAAAGAAGAAAAACAAAGAAGAAAUAUUGAAAACAGUUGCUGAAAAUUUAAGCUUGAUAGAAAUAUUAACUCGUGAUUCUUAUUCCUACAUCUACGUGUCUCCAAUUUAGAAACUGACACAUUGUGAUUUAUGUUGACAUUUAAGAGAUCCAUGCAUUGUCACUGAAAGAUAAAUAAUGUAUUUAUAGUUGUUAAUUUCAUGUUGAAAAACUGGUGAAUAUGUAUCCUCUUUAUAAAGUGUAAAUAAGUAAUAUCAAUAUUAUAUGUGUAUUUUAUUACAAUAAAUAUUUAAGGAAAUGUG